CAUCUACCGCGAGUCGUUCCACGAUACAACAAAUUUUCCUUGCGUUUGUCUAGAUUACAAAAGUGUUUAGUGCGGAGUUUGCGGUGCAUAUGGCGUGGCUGGAUUUCACAUCCUCCUUUCCUGAUUGAUGUUUAUGCCUCUUUCGGAUGCAACGGAUUCCAAUGGAAUGAGAUAAUGUGAAGAUGGAUGGCUACAUGGCGUGCAUCACGGUUGAAUUAUGGCGUUGUACACAUAUACCCGCCUCUCCGCCCUCGAUUCUUCCCCGUCUUUCCUUCCAAUCUCUGGAUUUCGUCUUGCGUGGUACUUGGGUUACUGGCUUGGCAGAAUCUCUCAUUGCAUGGUAUUCAGUUACUAGCUUUGGGGCGGGUUGUUGGACUCUGAUGGUGUCUUUGGGCUGGGAGAGGCAUCUUUCUUACGGAUAUGCUCAUACACUGCUUGUUCUUUUACGAACGGGACAUUGCUGCGAUAAUGAGUUCAUGGUUUUUCUUCGCUCUGGAUGUGGUUUGUUUGGACCCGGUCCUUUGUCCUUGUUGGACAGGCAUACUGUCUCUGUUUCUCCUUGAGAGAGCUAACCUUCACUGGUUGGUGA